AUGUGUGCACUUGCCUCACUUUCUUUAGGGGCCCAGCUGCAUGCACACAAUUCAACAUAUUACAAUCCCAUCCUACCCGGAUUCCACCCGGAUCCGAGUUGCAUAUUUGUUCCUGAAUGGGAUGAUACAUUCUUCUGUGCAUCUUCAAGUUUCAACGCGUUCCCUGGUAUUCCCAUACACGCAAGUAAAGAUCUUCAACACUGGAAACUUGUUGGUCACGUCUUAAACAGACGAGAGCAACUACCUCGCCUAGCGGAAACAAACAGAUCAACAAGUGGUAUUUGGGCGCCGACCCUGAGAUUCAACGAGGGCAUAUUUUGGCUAGUAACAACUCUCGUAGACGACGACCGCGCCGCAGAAGAUGCAUCAAGAUGGGACAACGUAAUAUUCAAGUCCGAAAACCCGUAUGAUCCUUCUACAUGGUCAGAGGCCGUCCAUUUUGACUUUGAAGGCUACGAUACUUCACCUGUAUGGGACACGGACGGAAAAGUGUACAUCGUUGGUGGACAUGCCUGGAAAGUCUUUCCUGGUAUUCUCUUAGCUGAGGCUAACUUGGAGACUGGUGAAGUGGGACGAUGGGAGACUAUAUGGAAUGGCACUGGUGGCACGGCACCAGAGGGCCCUCACAUAUACCUCAAAGACGGGUGGUAUUAUUUACUAGCUGCUGAAGGGGGUACGGGUGUAGAUCAUAUGGUUACAAUGGCAAGAUCUAAAAGCAUUCGUGGGCCCUAUGAAGUAAACCCUUCGAACCCAGUGCUCACGAAUGCCAAUACAACGAAUUAUUUUCAAACUGUUGGCCACGCAGAUUUAUUCCAAGAUGGUACCGGGAAUUGGUGGGGCGUUGCACUUUCAACUCGAUCCGGCCCCGAAUACCUUUACUAUCCAAUGGGUCGAGAAACUAUUAUGGUGCCAAUCACCUGGCCUGAUAACGAGUUUCCGGUUUGGUCUCAUUUGAAUGGUGAGAUGAAUGGAUGGGCACUUCCCGAGGAAAAUACCGGAAUUGAUGGACCUGGGCCGAUUAUCACGGAAGGGGAUGCCGUCGACUUCGAGCCGGAAUCAACACUACCUGCUCACUUCACGCAUUGGAGAUUCCCUAUUCCCGAGUCAUAUACUAUAUCGCCCCAAGGUCAUCCAAAUACUCUGCGAUUGAACCCCUCUAAGCUAAACCUUACGGCAAUUAACGGGAACUACGCUGGUCCUAACGGCCAGACAUUUGUUGGGCGGCGUCAACAAGAUACACUAUUUACGUAUAGCGUUAAUGUUGACUUCUCCCCGACGUCUCUUGAGGAAGAGGCAGGCGUCUCGGUUUUCUUAACACAAAACCAUCAUCUAGACCUCGGUAUCGUCAUGCUUCCAGCAAAUAACAAGACUGCAACAUUCCCCGGCGUAACUCAUUCGACGAACUCAUCGGGACUAAUACCUCACCUGAGGUAUCGUGGUAUUUCCUACGUACCGGUGCCAGACGAAGUUGUAAUCCCAGUACCAGAGACCUGGUCUGGAAAGGAGUUGAGGUUAGAGAUAAAAGCGCACAACAUGACCCAUUACUCUAUGUCAGCCGGACCAGCCGAUGCGCUUUCAGAGACGCGAACUGUUCUUGAUGUAUCAAAUGCUGCUGUUAGCUGGGGGUUUACAGGUGUCAUCCUUGGUAUUUACUGUACUAGCAACGGCUACGAGGGAGACACACCGGCAUAUUUUUCCAAGUGGAGAUACAUUCCUCAGGGGCAAUUCAGGAAUUAA